GGAAGCCAUCUUUACAACCAGGAAGUUAAAAACGAAAUCUUUCAAUACAACUUUAUUGUUAAUAACAUGAGUGCGGAAUACGUUUAACGCACGUACAGGAGUAACAAACUACAUGUGAACUGGGAAUGCAGGGUGCAAAGGGUCGUUUAUGAGGAUGACAGCGAUGGUCAGCAACUAACUUAUUUUAUCAAGGAAAUAAACAGGUAAGGCUGUUCGAGUGUCAGUCCUCCCAAUGUGGUUUCAACACUUCCCUAUGAAAAGAGCCCUCAUUAGGCUCUUCACUGAGGGCACAGCCAGGAGCAAGCAGACCUUAUUGACUUUUUGUAGCGAGCAGAAGGUUCAACAAUGGAAGCUCAGCCAGCCUUCAUUGUGUAAUGCAGUACAUUUAACACAGAAAUGCACAUCACAAUUACACAAAGUGAGUAGGUGUUCUUCUCAGACGAGCAUAAACCAACGGUAUUCCAUACCAAACUCAUUCACUGGCGCUCUCCAGAAAUGUACUCGUGGGGGUUUUUCAGCUAGUUUAUCGGAUAAAUGGCAAACGUGCAUCCAGUCCACAAGGUACCGAGGGUUACUGGAGCGGUUUUACUCAGCAUCCACAGGGACCAGGCUGGUUACGAAACAAGCAGGGCUGCCAGGGAAGAGACCACCAAAGGGACCAAGGACCAAGCAGCCAUCUAGAGCUAACCAGCCCCCUCUAGAAAAAACAGAGGACCUGAUGCAGUGCAUUGCUUACGCAACAGCAGAUCAGUAUCACCUGGCAACAUUGUGCCAUGAUCUGGUGUCCAGUGGAUUUUAUGAAAUAACAGACCUGCCCAGAGAUGCUUCAAAUGUACUUGUUGUCUGUACUGAAAUGGCUUCAAAACCAAACGAUCAUGGAAUAAUCUUCUUUUUCAGGGAGGGGUCUGUCGUCUUCUGGAAUGUAGAAGAUAAAACGACAAAACAUGUGAUGCGAAUCUUGGAAAGCCAUGAGAUCCAGCCCUAUGAAGUUGCUCUGGUUCACUGGGAGAAUGAGGAAAUAAACUACAGAGUAGGAGAGGGAAACUCAAAGUUAUGUCGCGGAGAUAUCCUACUGAACUCGGAGCUAGAACCUUACCAGGCAGUCCUGGAGAAAUUUGCCUUCUCAAAUGCACUCUCACUGUCUGUGAAGCUAGCAAUCUGGGAGGUGUCGCUUGAUAACUUUGUGGAGUCUAUUCAGUCAAUUCCUGAGAUGCUGAAAUCAGGGAAAAGAGUAAAGCUGUCUCGGGCAGAAGUUAUGCAAAAGAUUGGAGAACUCUUUGCACUAAGGCACUGUAUAAACCUGAGCUCCGACCUGCUGAUUACCCCUGACUUCUACUGGGACAGAGAAAACUUGGAACAGCUCUAUGACAAAACCUGUCAAUUCCUGAGCAUCAACCGCAGAGUAAAGGUGAUGAAUGAAAAGCUCCAGCACUGCACGGAGCUGACUGACCUGAUGAGGAACCACCUGAGUGAGAAGCACAGCCUGCGGCUGGAGUGGAUGAUUGUAAUACUGAUUACUAUUGAGGUGAUGUUUGAACUUGCGAGAGUACUCUUCUGAAAUGAAGUCUACAUGUUAAUAAAGGGCUGCACUAACAGUGGAAAAAAUGACUUUUGUGAUUCAGAGGUCAACAUAGUUUUACUCAGAGAGUGCUUUGGAAUUGUGAUGUUUAUGACUUUAACUUAUUCAUUAAAAUGAAGAAGCUAUUUAAAAAAAAAAAAAAGGUUUUAUUUUUUAUUCACCUUAAAGUAAAUACUGUUUGGUGAAAUAUACAUUAUUUCUGCUGAAAUUGAUUAAUAGCUAGAAUAAUCUAAAAUACACUUUAGAUCUGAAAUUAUUCCCCACUGAGGAUUUAUUAUCUAGGACUAGCAUAACAUAGAGUCACCCAUACACAUUCCCAGCUUACAUUUUUAACAGCUUGUCAGAUUUUGGUGAACUUGUACAUGAGCACCUGCAUUGAGUUAUUAUUAUGUCCUGAACAGGAUAUUGUAUGUAUGUUACACAUACACUGUUAUUGUUUAGUGUACUCCCAGGUGGAUUAUAAUUAGGGCUUCUGCUUUUUGUUUUUUUAUUAAUUGUAUAUUUCGGUGCUUACUUUUAGCUAUUUUCGAGUUUUAUGUAAAUCUUUUUUUUUCCGGGGCUUUCAUUUUUGACAUACUGUAUGAAAUUAGUGUUUUCGGUUACUUUCCAAAAUGCUUGGGCUUUUUUUUCUAGCAAAAUAUGUAUAGUAGUAACUCAACAGUACUUGCACACUUAAGUUGUACCUUCUUUCCUUUGCUGUCUUCCACAAUGAAUUCCACAUGGUCACGGGCACAUUCUAUUGGGGAUUUUGUGUGUAGGCAUAUUUGUACAUUUUGCCAGAAUUCUGUUUUAAAUCCUCCGUAUAUUAACUGUAAUACAGCUUUAAAUCCCGCUAACAAGCCUCCAUUCCUGAUUGUAGUCUCAUUUUAAAUCUAGCAAACGGAAUAGAAAUGUAGUAAUGUGCUGUCAUUCAGUAGUUGAGAAGGCGGGACAUUGCCCAGCAGCACUGGGAAAUGUAUUUAUUAUUAUUUUUGUAGUAGGUUUUAUUUUUUAAUGGGAAAAGGGUAAAGUCAAUGCGAAGUGAAUUUCCAGUUUUUCCACUGUUUUCCGGUGUUUAUUGGCUAUCCACCAAUUUCAUUUUUUUUGUAUCGGGGGUGUUUUAUCAGAUUUUAUCAGUUAAAACUGAAAAUUGGAAGCCCUAAUUAUAAGCUAUAGCAACACAACCAAUGUGUUUUGACACUGACUACAAGAACAAGUUAAUAUUGAGGGUAAGUAUAUAAAUGGAGCUUUCAUUUUAGAUGUAUUGUGUACAUUUCCAUUGUAAAUGUCUUGGACUACCUUUAGAGCAAGAUCAGUUCUAAUUAGGGUCUGUGAAACCACCUGUAAGUGUUACUAUACAAGUUAAUAUGUUCAAUUUCUGUACUUUUAUCAAGUCUGUUAUGCAAACAAUAAUGUCCUGUGUAUGUUCUGUUUUACAAUUACAGAAAUAAACCCAUCAAAUAUA